AGAGGAAGUCAGUCUCCGCUCCCUGGGCCCGGGCCUCUCUGCCCCCUGCCCAGAGGAAGGGGGAAGCCAGGGGCCCCUCUGGGGGCCCGGUCCCCCAAUCCCUUCCCAGCAGAGGAAGCCAAGGUCGGGGCGCUGUGAUUGCUCCCUGGGCCUGGAGAGGAAACUGUUUUGUGGGGCGGGGGCUGGGGGCGGGGGAAGGGUUGGGAGACAGGAGGAAGGGGGCUGGCCUGCUUGGGAUGGGAGGGGGAGGUGGAUUUUCCACUCAUGGAAGGGGAGGAAAGGGCAGAGGGUGGGGGCUUCCUUGGGAAGCUCAGGGAUGAGUCACCCAGGGCCAGGGGAGUGGAGGGUGGAUAGGAUAUGGAGACCAGGGGCGCUGGGGACUGGAGGGUGGCCCAGCAACAAUGGAAACCAGCCAAUGCAGCAGCAAGAGGAAUCGGCUCAGACACCAGGAAGACACACAUCCAGAGGUCCCCUGAGAAGCGUUAGCAAACCUCCGAGGGGCUGUGCGUGGAGAAGCCCCGGUGCGCAUGCUCUGUCCUGAUGGAGACUUUCAGAAGCUGAGGAGCUGGGAAGCUCAGACAUCAUCUUGCCUGAGUCGGGGACCAGUGACUUGAAGUGCAAACUCUUUCUUGGCAGACAGAGACUACUGUGAGGGCAGAGUCUGUGCCUCCCCCAUCAGACUGGUCUCUCUGGAGCAGGAUGGCCCAGGAGCUCAGCGAGAAGGAGCUCCUGAAGAUGGAGGUAGAACAGCUGAGGAAGGAAGUCAAGAACCCAAGGAGCCCGAUUUCCAAGACGGGAAAGGAAAUCAAGGAUUACGUGGAGGCUGAAGCAGGAAACGACCCUCUCCUCAAAGGCAUCCCUGAGGACAAGAAUCCCUUCAAGGAGAAAGGCGGCUGCACCUUAAGCUGAGGGCUCUGGAGGCCCCCCACCCCGACCGUCUGUCCCUCCUCAACCCCACUCUUCCCCAGGAACCCAGGGCUCCAGGGGCGGGGGGACACUCUUCACCCUCUCUCGGCCACAUCAGGAGGAGACCCCCAGCCCGUGCACUGGGGAGCCGUUCCCCACUCCUGCCCUUAGCUCUUCACCACCACCCCUGGGUCACUGCGGGCUCCCCUUGGAGGCCCUUGACCGCUGCUCUGGCUCAGCAGCCGUGGCACAUUCCAUGGUGGGGUCCGAAGAGCCUGCCACGCCCUGGGACACCAGACAGCAUCCUUGGAGACCUUGACCCCUCCCUACGGCCCUCCCGUCUUUCCCUCCACUCUCUUCCUAGGAAGCAGCAUUCCUAUUCAUAGCCGUUUGCGUGGAGGGCCAGAGUAGGGGAGGCCCUUCUUCCCCAUCUUAUGUCUGACCCUGUGGUCCUCCUCCUAGUCACUUAGAUCGCCCCAGUGGGCUGAGGACGAAAAGAGUUUGUGACGUCAUGAGGUCACACUCUAUUUAAUGUUGUGGGGUGUCUGUUCCAUGCUGGGCACUGGGCAGGGCAGAGUACCAGCGCUAACACAGCGGGAACAGAGCUGGCAGGGAGGUCAGUAAGCGCUUCUGCGCAGAAAGGACCAUCAGUGGCGUGGGCCACACGGCAGACAGACACCCAGGGCCAUGGGCAAGGUCCAAGGGAACUGUUGCAGGCCAGUGGGCCGUGGGGAGGAACGGGACACACGGAGGCCCAAGAGGGAGAUGCGCAAAGCCUUAAAGGACCCCUGUGAACUCAGUUAAGAACUGUGUUCUCCACCCGCCGUGACAGGCAUGAAGCAGCCAAGGGACAGGAUUUGAUGAGCAGGAGGGAGGCUGGCUCCUGGCUAAGGAGGACACGGAUUCCUGGGCCUUGUCAGCAAGGAGAUUAUAGUCUUAUGGAACCACAGAAGGCAAGCCGAGAACAGGGCAUAAGCUGACACCCUGUAACCCCGGUCAGCCCUCCCCCAGGUGGGAUCUGUGUGACAAUCCCGCCGCUCUAAAGCAAAGGAAAGGAAAAACAAAUAGUUACCUUCUUAGAGAUCACAGCCGUGCAAGAUAGGAGUCUCCCUUGGUUUACAAAUGUCUUAACAAUUUACCAAGGGGGGCAGCAUUCUUACCAAAAACCUAACUUCCAGAAGGAAACUCCAACUGUCUUACUGUCAAUACUUUCCUAGAGGGAAAAACAAUAUUCACCUGACAAUGGCAAGGCCUCCCAUAUCUUGUAGGUCCUCUCUAGCACACAAAAAUUCUUCUGAAAACCUUGUUUUUUCCUUACCCCCAGCUCCCAAGUAUAUAACCCGCCACCCCUCACAACCCUGGGCCAGCGGCUCUUUCUGCCCACGGGCCCUGUCCCCAUGCUUUAAUAAAACCAC